GCAAACGUCCCUAGCUGAUUGAGGAGGCUCGAGGCUGCGGGAAGGCUACCGCAGAACGACAGAUCCCGCGUGUGCAUUCUCCUAGACCUCCUCUAACGAAGCCUAACCUCAGAGCAUCCCGCCGCGCAUCGCCUGCCCCGGAAUUGGCCGCUAGAAAGCUGUGGCCCCUCGGUCCGGAUCCCGCGUCCCGGGAAGCCCGGAGAGCCACGGUGCCGGGGGCGGGCCGGGGCGGCGGGAUGAGCUGGCGAGCAGGCUGAGCGCGCCGAGGAGCCGGUCCAGCCACCGAGGGGGACAUGGCAUCUUGGCUCUGGAGAAAGCUGCGUGGCAAGAGGCGGUUGGUGACGGCAUUCUGCCUCUUAAUGGCUCUGUCUGUGGUGGCUGUCACCCGCUUCCCUCCACAGCACCCAGCCGCCAGCCCAGACCCUGGUCCCGUGGAGCCCCAGCAGGUAACUGGUGCCCCUGUCCCCCAGAGCAGGCAGGCUCUGAGCUCCGGCUGGAGGCGGCGGGCAAGAAACCUGAGGUUCCGGAGAGGCUGGGCCUUGCCUGGGAGCUCCAUCCUGGUGUGUGCUGAGGAGCAAGGCCACGGAGGGAGCGUGGACAGCAGCAGGCAGUCCCCAGGCAUGGACAGCAGGCGUCCAGGGAGGGUCAAGAGGGGCAUUACUUUGGCACCUCCAGGAGAUCUGAGACUCAGUACCCGGCAUCUGGUGCUCCUGAGGGCAGAUGAGGUCAGGGGUCCAGGAACCAAAGACCUGGACCUCCCCUGGCACAGUGGUCCCCUCUGGGAGGCACAGAGCGAGACGGGCACCCCAGAUGGCCCCCUCGCAGGGCACAACAUGGCAGCAUUACAGACUUGGAGAGCUACUGCUGGACCGACCCUCCGGCCUCAUCCAGCAGAAGGCGGGGAUCUGCCAGGACUGAGGAACAGAGCCUUGACUGGUGGACGACAAGCAGGGGGUCCCUCCCCGGCCACGGGGGCUCAUCAGUGGCCUGGCUCUGUUGGGGAGCUGCAAGGAUCUGUGUGGUGUGACGCUGAGACCCCCAGGCUGUCGAGUGGCUUGAGGACCAGCGAACAGGUGCCCCCGUGGCUCACAGAGCAGGAUGUACAGACCCUCCAGCUGCUGGCGCAGGGGCAGGUGGUGGGCAAAGCCAGGGUCCCUGGCCACGGGCAGGUGCUGCAGGUUGGCUUCUCCGCCAAGGGUGCCCUUCAGGACCUGUCUCCGGGGCUCAGCCACCUCUGCUCCCAGGGGCUCUGUGGCCUGAUCAAGAGGCCUGGGGACCUGUCUGAGGUCCUGUCCUUCCACGUGGACCGCGUGCUGGGGCUGCGCCGGAGCCUACCUGCCGUGGCCAGGCGCUUCCACAGCCCCCUGCUGCCCUACCGCUACACGGACGGUGGCGCAAGGCCCGUCAUCUGGUGGGCACCCGACGUGCAGCACCUGGGUGAUCCAGAUGACGACCAGAACUCGCUGGCCUUGGGCUGGCUGCAGUACCAGGCCCUGCUGGCACGUGACUGCAGCCAGCCGGGCCAGGCCGCAUGCCUGGGCAUCCACCGCACUGAGUGGGCACGCCUGGCACUCUUCGACUUCCUGCUGCAGGUCCAUGACCGCCUGGAUCGCUAUUGCUGCGGCUUCGAGCCCGAGCCCUCAGACCCCUGUGUGGAAGAGAGGCUCCGAGAGAAAUGCCGGAACCCGGGGGAGCUGCGGCUGGUCCACAUCUUGGUCCGGAGCAGUGAUCUCUCUCAUCUGGUCUACAUCGAUAACGCCGGCAACCUUCAGCACCCGGAGCACAAGCUGAAUUUCCGGCUGCUGGAGGGCAUCGACGGGUUUCCUGAGUCUGUCGUGAAGGUUCUCGCAUCAGGGUGCCUACAGAAUAUGCUGCUCAAGUCACUGCAGACAGAUCCGGUGUUCUGGGAAAGCCAAGGCGGGCAGCAGGGCCUACGGCGGGUCCUCCAGACCCUGGAGCGGCGAGGACAGGUCCUGCUGAGCCACAUCCAGACGCACAACCUGACACUCUUCAGGGACGAGGGCCCGUAAGCCCCCACGGUCUGGGCGGGACUCUCACCUCACUGCAGGGGGAAGAAGCGGGGGCAUCUCACGACAUGACCUGAGUGGAUAAGUGCCCAUCCUCACGGCCACAUUUUCUUGGGUUUACCCGCCUUGAAGACAAAAGGGAAAAGCCAGAAAUCAGGAGGGCACCAUGGAUUCCACAGGACGUGUCAUCUGGUUGGGAUGGUGGAGGAGGUGGUAGGUGUUGGGUUUUCAGUCUCAUCACGUUCUUUUCUGCCUGCUCAGCCCUGGCUAUUUACUCCCUUGCACCAAUAAAUACACAAGAAUGUUC